AUGAGAAGACGUUUGAGGAGGACUAGCAGUGGUAGUUCGACUUUUAACCGCAAGAUUUUUAGAAAUGAAGGCGACGAUGCUUCUCACGGUCAAACGAGAGUGACUCUCAGGAGUGAUCGAAAUAAGAAACGAAAGGAGGUUUCUGUAGCUAUAAUUAACUCUGAGAAUGAAUCAAGCGAUAGAUUUGAAGACUCCAGCUCUAAUGCAUUUGAUAGUAGUAAUGAUUCUGAUGAAAGAAAGCAUGGCCUUAAAUCUGUUAGGCCUGUCAAGACACGAGGUCGAAGAAUUAUGCCCGAAAAAUAUGCUGAAUAUGCUGCUUAUCGUGGUCAUUUGACUAAUUGGAUCGUGCUAACAAAAUUAGAAAGACAGCAGCUUGCAAUGCAAGCUAUCGCUCAAAGCGCUGAUGGCAUGGUGAACUGUUUGAACGAGAAGUGUAAGAAAGCUUUAAAAACUAUGGAGGAUGUUAUUAAUCACUUGGAUAAAUGUCUCAGCUUGCCUGAAUAUUUCAAAUACAUGGGUAAAGCUGAUUUAUUUCGGGCACUUGAUAAACCCUCGAAAGCAAAAAUAUUGCGAGUCUCAAUGAAAGCGUUGAAAGUUUUACCUUGCUUAAAUAUGGAAACAUUAAAUUGUGCCCACAAGUAUGGGCAUCUCUAUGCCCUAUCAUAUCAUCUCGAAAGAUGUGGCCAAGAAAAGGAUCGCUUGCCUUGGAAGUGCUGGAAGUGCGGUAUUACAGCAACCAUUGCAGAAAGUCGAGAACAUUUGACUCUUUGUCAGAAUCCAAAAAUUAUUACAAAGGAGAGGUCAGCGCAUGAAUCUGAGCUUAGUUCAGAAAAUGAAGAGUCCGAUGAAGAUAUUUCAGCUGAUGCGAAAAAGAUACGUCUGGAAAAAGGUGAAAAAUAUAAAAAGCAAAAAUUACCGUCCAUAGCUCGGGGAUACUUACCAGAAAAAGAUUCUCGUGUGAAGAUCGCUGACGGAAUUAAGCGAUUCAAGUUUAAAAGUGCGAAUCGCGAAGCUAAUGCUCCAACACCUCGAGAACUUGAACUAUAUCAGCAGUCAAUUGAUGAAGCUAAUGAAAUUCUUCGAAAGAGUCGAGAGAAGGAACCUCUCUGCAGCGUCCUCGUACAACUCGAGCUUUAUUCAGCUAAUUUUUCAAGAGUUGCAUCGUGCGAGUUCAGUUUGGAACGUCGUACAAGAUUUUCAAAUUACAGUGAAGAUUUAAGUGCUAUGCUUAGUAAGCGUUCCAUUCCUGUUGUAAUCCCUUCGGAUCAAAGUGAUGAAGAUAAAACUGUUACUUCGACUCAUGCUUCAAGUACCCAGACUAGAAAUACAAAAAACAAAGCAGGAAAGACGAAGGAAAGAUUAUCGCUUUUCGUUCCAAAACCUUUGCAUUGCAAAGUGAAAAAAAUAAAUUCUAUUUUGUCUAAAAAGCAAGUACAUGAAAUUGGCUGUAUCGCUUAUUGUGGAGGCCCAAUAUCAACAAUUAAAAGUUGUCCGCGUAAGUUAGAAGAUGGGCGUGAAUGUGUAGCUGUAACGGUAUUUCCUGAUGAAGAAUAUUUGGUUUCAAAAAAUCGUAAAGAUUCCAAUGAUUAUAUUCAAUUUUGGCUUUAUGAUUACAAACCGACCAGUACAGUUGCCAGUCUGUGGUUUCUUUUGGAAGUGAAACACAGUACAGUAUUAUGUACAGCUUGGUGUCCAUCCUUACGCGGUUCUGUCAAACAAGAUAGCAAAUUGUCGGAUUUUGUUGGUAUUCUUGCAGUUGGCGGUAUUAAUGCUCCUAUUUCUUUUUAUGGAAUCCGUAGUGAUAUUUGUGCCCAGUUUGUGAAUAAUACUGACCCAUUGCUACUUCGUUGUUCUGAGCCUCAUUUAGCGCUUAAUUGUCCUGAAUGCUGUAAUAACUCACCAAUAAUUUCAAUUUCAUGGAGUGAAAUUCGUGGUUCCAGCAAAUUUGCGGCUGUUUCGGCAUCAGGUCAUGUAUUAAUUUGGGAUCUUGAUGAAGGUAUCGCAUCUCCUAAGAUCAUAUCUAAUAUCGAGUGGCUGUCCCCUCCUCUGAAUGUCGCUUUCUGCGGUUCCGAACAAUUAGCUGUAUCGUUUCGUGAGAAACUGAUCAGAAUAUAUGAUUUGGCAUCAUUGACAUUGGUAAUUGAAGAAAGUGCUCAAAGAACAGCUGGAAUGCAGGUUGGAAAUCAGGUUUGUUCACGCGAGGGUCUUUUCAGUGGUGUGUUCAGUUACCAACAAGAUUUUACUCUAAGUGGAAUUCAUCUAAAAUGUGGAACUUGCUAUAUCGUACUAGGUUCAUUAGAAGGGAAUUUUUUUGUUGUACCGUUGGCAAAUAGACAUGAAGUACAGAUCUGGGACAUGUGUAUUUGUCCAAAAACGGGUACGGUGAUUUCUGUUGGAGCAGAUGGUCGUCUUCAGAUUUCUCUUAAUGGCCGUUUAGUAGCUAGCGGGUCGGAAAAAGAUUUCGGAUUCAGUGUAUGUCAGGUUGUUAUGACAGUAGUGAAAAAGUACGAAGAAAAGCAAUUGAAGCAGACAGUAUUUUUGAUCAAUGAACCGACCUCGGAUAUUAUCAGUCAAAUAGAUGAUGGAGAAUGUGAAGUUGGAACUGAUUUCCCUCUACCUCUAACAAAUUUGGAUUUGUGUGCUGAAAAGUCCUAUCUCGAAUUCUGUUUUGAAGAUAUCAAGCACACUAAAACUCCUAUUCCACAAUUUAGUCUCGACCUUCGCACAGAAUCACUGAACCGACUAGCUGUAAGUGAACCGUCUGGUCAAUUAGUGAUUAGCGGUGGUGAAGCUGGACUUUUAAUUUUUAUUCCUUGUUAUUUAAAAUGA